AUGAUUGAAGAAUUCAAGCAAGAGAUGAUGAAGUCUUUUGAAAUGAGUGAUUUGGGUUUAUUGCAUUAUUUUCUUGGUAUGGAAGUAUGUCAAGAUGAUGGCAUCUUCAUUUCUCAAAAGAAGUAUGCUGAAGAUUUACUUAAGAGGUUCAAUGUGGCCGAUUGCAAACUAGUGGCAACUCCUCUUAUUGCAAAUGAAAAACUCAAGGAAGAAGAUGGGGAAAAAUUAACUGAUGGGGCUACUUACAGAAGCUUGAUUGGCAGCUUGCUAUACCUCACUUCUACUCGACCUGAUCUCAUGUUUGCUACAAGCAUGUUGUCUAGGUUCAUGCAAAAUCCCAAUCAAGUGCAUUUUGGUGCUGCAAAAAGAGUGUUAAGAUAUGUUCAAGAAACUUUGACGUAUGGUAUUUCUUUCAAACCGUGCUCUUAUUCAAAAUUAAUUGGGUACACUGACAGUGAUUGGGCUGGUUCUAUUGAUGACAUGAAGAGUACAUUAGGCUAUUGUUUUAAUUUGAGAUUUGUAAUUUUCUCAUGGGGUUCGGAAAAACAAGGUUCUGUGGCUCAAUCUACAGCAGAAGCAGAGUAUAUUGUUGUUGUCAACGCUGUAAAUCAAGUUAUAUGGCUGAUGAGAAUACUUAAAGAUAUGGUAGCAAAGCAACAACUUCCAGUUAAGAUUUUCUAUUAUAAUAAAUAA